GGGAACAAGACAGGUAUAAUACCUGGAACAGACUUUGCAAGAAAAAUGGGGGUGCAGGAUCCAGAAAUCUGUCACUAACAAAGCAACCAACCUCUCUACCAAUAGUCUAAUGUCCCCUCCGAGGAUAGGAGUGAAGAAGAAUGAAGUGGGAAGGCUUCUACUCCCUUGUGAUUGGUGUGAACCGCCACUCCACAGCUGUUGGCCGCAUCUGGCUCUCAGUGGUGUUCAUCUUCCGUAUUAUGGUGCUGGUGGUAGCUGCUGAGAGUGUCUGGGGAGAUGAGCAAGCGUCUUUCAUCUGCAACACGCUGCAGCCCGGUUGCAAAAACGUCUGCUAUGACCACUACUUCCCCAUCUCCCACAUUCGCCUGUGGGCCCUGCAACUCAUCCUGGUCACCACACCAGCCUUGCUUGUGGCUAUGCAUGUGGCAUACCAGCAGCACCAGGAGAAGAAGCUGUUAGUGAUGACAGGUCACGGGGAUGCCAAGCACCUAGAAGAGGUUAAGAAGCACAAGAUGCGCAUUUCAGGGUCCCUCUGGUGGACUUAUGUUUGCAGUGUGGUCUUCCGCAUAAUCUUUGAAGGCACUUUCAUGUACAUCUUCUAUGUCAUCUACCCUGGGUAUCAGAUGCUCCGUCUGGUCAAAUGCAACGAUUACCCCUGCCCCAACUUUGUUGACUGCUUCGUCUCACGGCCCACGGAGAAGACCAUUUUCACCGUUUUCAUGUUGACCACCUCUGGCAUUUGUAUUGUCCUCAACCUGAUUGAACUGGUGUACCUGCUGGUGCGAGCGUGUGUCCGCCGUACUCACCAAAACCCCAACCCAUCUUCAGGGAAGGGCUCUUUCCUGAGCCACAAGCUGUCUGAAUACAAGCAGAACGAAAUCAACCAACUGCUGACAGAACAGGACAGCUCCCUCAAGGACAUUCUCCGACGCAAUUCAGGGGUUCAGGAGAAGAGUGACCGCUGUUCAGCCUGCUAAGGGUUUUGGGACCAUGGGGACAGUGCUUGGUUGCAGCGGACCAGGCCUGAGGGAAGAAAACAAAGUUGCACUUACUGUAAUUACCAUUCAUCGAGUGUCUUCUGUCUGUGGGUUGUUGUAGAUAGGAGCUAGCAGGGCCUUUCUUUUGAAGGAUGUUCCCUUGCAGCUCCUCUGUGGGGAUUCACAUCUUCACUGGCUCUGGCCACUCUUUUAGCUCUCUGCUGCCAGCCCACUAGUUGACUAAGGCACAAUCUCCAUGCGAUUUGGUAAGAAUCGGUAUAAUCACAGAUCCUACCAUCUGCAGAAUAUUUGCAAGAAUUUAAUUUGACCUCUGUUGCCAUUGCUGUCUUGGAAAAUAGGGCAGGGGUGGUGGCUUCCAGUCAGAGCUCCCAAAGAAACCAGUUGCAGGAUGAGUAGCCCCUCCCCCUUCUUCCUUGUGCCCCGCAACACCUGCUGUUCAUCCUAAUCCUUCCUCCAAAAGAGGAGUAGGGAAAUCAACACAAACUUACACUGCACAUAAUUUUGCUUUGCAAAUUCCGGAAGCAAAAUUCAGAUUUCCUGUAAAUUCUGGCAUUUUGAGGUGCAGAAAUAAAAUCACAAGGGCUCCUGUCACCUUUCAGCAGGGCAAUAGAGUCCCUGUGUUUCUAGCCUAGCAACUGAUGCCCACCCUUGGUAUCCUGCAUCUGGACUGUCAUAACACAAGCAAUAAAGAUGUCUUUACGUAGGACUGCCAGCUUUCCUCAGACUCCCACCAGUCGGAUAGGAAAAAGUUCAAGAGGGACCUCCUGCCAUGACAGAAAGGAACCCCUCUGGAACGUCUGCCAGUGUGUAGAUAUAAAAAUGGUGGGCAAACCGAAGUCUUGGUUGCUGUUCUAAUUUGGCAAGCAAAGGGGUGGGAGGAUGCCAAGCUAAUGGGGGGAGAGGAGAGGGCAAACUGCUGUUCUCCCCAGUUACACAUUUCUGUACCAAAGUCACAGUAUUAAAAGCUGAU